GGGCGGAGCCAGGCGGCAAAGGCUCGUUUGCGCAGUGGACGGAGAGGUCGCCCCGCCCUGCCGUUCUGUCCCUCCCUUCGGCGGGGCCGGCGCCGGUUUACGUAACGCCUCUCCGGGCAAAUUCCGGCUUGGUCCCGCCGCCUAACUCGGGACGGGUCGCCAGAAGCCCCGGCAGGUCCUGCUGGGGAUUUACAUCUGGCUUCAAUGUGAAAUUAAGGUAGAAAAAUGCACAUAAACAUGUGUUUCCUGUUAAGAUUUAGUGUGCUCAGUGAUUAUGCCUGAAGAGUGGGUCUUGUCUCUGUACUGAUAACUGCCAGGAAGUAUAAAUGAUUGCCCUAGAAGUCAAGUGUGUCUCCUCCUUACUGGAGUAAAAAAAAAUCCACCUCCAGGUUUCCACGGAAUAUCAUCUACAGAAAAUGCAUCUCGUUCUAAGGAUGACAGCCACGUAGAUUCAUGCACCUGAUCUAUACAGUUGUUGUGGAUGGUUUGCCAUCUGAAAGCUCCUCAAGCUCCUGUCUGGGUCCUGUGCCUGUUUCUGAAAUGUCUCUGCUUCAUGCUUUGGGCCCUGUGCAGACCUGGCUGGGACAAGAGCUAGAAAAAUGUGGCAUUGAUGCCAUGAUUUAUACUCGCUAUGUCCUUAGUCUUCUGCUGCAUGAUAGUUAUGACUACGAUCUGCAGGAACAGGAGAAUGACAUCUUCCUGGGCUGGGAAAAAGGAGCUUACAAGAAAUGGGGGAAGAGUAAGAAAAAAUGCUCUGAUCUAACACUAGAAGAAAUGAAAAAACAGGCUGCUGUACAGUGUCUUCGCUCUGCUUCUGAUGAAAGCUCUGGGAUUGAGACUUUAGUGGAAGAACUCUGCUGCAGGCUGAAAGAUCUCCAGAGUGAACAAGCAGGGGAGAAGAUUCACAAAAAGCUGGAGGGCCCUUUGCCUCCUGAAGUUGAUUUAACUGCUGCAACAAAGGAUCAAGUGGAAAUGUAUUAUGAAGCAUUUCCACCUCUUUCUAAGAAACCAGUCUGUCUGCAAGAAAUUAUGACUGUGUGGAAUAAAUCCAAAAUUUGUUCUUACUCGAGUUCCUCCUCAUCUUCUACUGUCCCAGCAACGAGCACAGAUACAUCAUCUCCAAAGGAUUGCAUUAGUGAAAGUGAGGCAUCCAAAGAGAGAAUCAGUAGCAAAGCAUCUACCACUGUAAAUGAGAGAGCAAUCCAGAAAAAAGAUAAAGAUGAAAAAGAGAACAAGUUUGGGAAUAGCAGUGUUGAAGAGAAACCUUCAUACAAAAAGCAAGUCCGACACAAAUCUGAGGGGAAAAUUCGUCCACGAUCUUGGUCUUCUGGAUCCAGUGAAGAAGGUUCAAAUUCUAGUGGUAAUCAAAGUGAAGUAAAAACAGCUACAAAAUGUGUUAAAGUGAGGCAUAAAACCAGGGAGGUUCGAAGUAAAAAAGGACGAAAUGGACAGAGCAGGCAUUUGGCAAAAGCCGGUGAGAAAGCUGAAAGAAAAAUUUAUGGCAGCAGCAGCAGCAAUGGAUCCAUCAAACAACUGUGUAAGAGGAGCAAACGGCCAUUGAAAGAAAUCAGAAGGAAAGAAGCUGGCAGCUAUGAGAGAAAAGAGCUAUAUUUUGAUAGCAGAAAUGAAAGAGAAUAUAAGGAAGAACCAUUAUGGUAUACUGAGCCAAUUACAGAAUACUUUGUUCCACUGAGCAGAAAAAGUAAGCUUGAGACAACGUACCGCAACAGGCAAGAUGUAUGUGAAGUAACAUCAGAGGCUGUAGAAGAAUUAGCUGAGUCGGUGCAAGGUCUUUGCAUUAGCAACAAUAAUAUUAAUAAAACAUACCUCGCAGCAGGUACUUUCAUUGAUGGCCGUUUUGUGGAAAUGCCUGCAGUUCUAAAUGAGGACAUUGGCCUCAGUAGAACCUCAGUGUGUUCUCAACCAGAGGACGAUACACACUCAGAUGGUGUUCAUCUGUCAGAACUAACACACUUCUAUGAAGUGGAUAUUGACCAAUCCAUGUUGGAUUCUGGUGCCUCAGGCAAGAUGCAAGGAGAGAGUCGGAUUCUGAAUAUGAUUCGGCAGAAAAGUAAAGAGGGAACUGAUUUUGAGGCAGAAUGUUGCAUAGUGUUUGAUGGAAUGGAGUUGCAAGGGGAAAGUGCAAUAUGGGCAGAUUCAACCACCUCUGGUGCUGAAGGGUGGUUCUUGCAAGAUCUUAGUAAUUUAGCUCAAUUUUGGGAGUGCUGUUCAUCUUCUAGCUCUGGUGAUGCAGAUGGGGAAAGUUUUGGAGGAGAUUCUCCUAUUAGACUUUCUCCUACCUUAGACAGCACAAUGCUUAACUCACACACGCUUGCAGGCAAUCAAGAGCUGUUUUCAGAUACUAAUGAAGGGUCUGGCUUAAAUUCUUUUUCAGUGUUUGAAGUGCAAUGCAGUAAUUCUGUCUUACCAUUUCCUUUUGAAAAACUCAACUUGGGAAAUGAAAAUACAGAUUCUAGUAGCAAUGUUGGUAUGUUUGGGAAAACACAGUCUAGAUUGUUAAUAUGGACCAAAAAUAGUGCCUUUGAUGAAAAUGAACACUGUUCUAAUCUGUCAACAAGAACUUGUAGUCCAUGGUCAUACUCUGAGGAAACACGUUCAGACAAUGAGACUUUAAAUAUUCCAUUUGAAGAAUCCCCCCAGUUUAACUCAGAUGAUAUUAAUUAUGUAGUUCCUAGAGUAACUUCAAGUUACGUAGAUGAAGAAAUAGAUUUUUUGCAGGAUGAAACCUGUCAGGAACAGACUAGAUGUUUAGGAGAAAUACCCACCUUGAUUUUUUCAAAAAAAUCUAAACUAGAAUCUGUCUGUGGUAUUCAGCUAGAACAAAAAUCUGAAGAUAAAGAAUAUGAAACUGCACAAGUGUGUAGUGACAGCAGUCCGCAUGAAGAUGACUAUGGCUCAGGGGUUAUUAAAGACAUCUGGACAAAUAUGACAGAUGGAAAUUCUGCAGAAAUAGUAGAAAUAGAUGGAAUAGAAGAGGAGCUGUUUUCAGCUGAUGCAAAUCAUUACUGCUGCUGCUUAAAUGAUGCAAAGUUAGAAAUUCUUCAGGAUCCUAAGAAAGCAGUACAAAGAUCAGAAUAUCAUCUGUGGGAAGGUCAGAAAGAGAAUUUGGAAAAAAGAGCUUUCGCAUCAAACAGUUUAUCAAAAGUGGAUUGUGGAGAUUAUACUACACCUUCCAAACCAUGGGAUAUUAAUCAAGAUAAAGAAAGCUCAUUUAUUCUUGGGGGUGUAUAUGGUGAGCUCAAAACUUUUAACACUGAUGGAGAGUGGGCAGUGGUGCCACCCAGUCAUCCAAAAGGAAACUUGCUACAGUGUGCAGCUUCUGAUGUAGUUACAAUAGCUGGUACAGAUGUCUUCAUGACGCCAGGAAACAGCUUUGCCCCUGGUCACAGACAAUUAUGGAGACCCUUUGUGUCUUUUGAACAGAGUGAACAUUUGAAGUGUGGUGAUCAUGGAUUAAAUAGGGGUUUUUCAUUUAUCUUCCAUGAAGACUUGUUAGAAGCUUGUGGUAAUUUUCAAGGUGAAGAGCCUGGUCUUGAAUAUUCAUUCUCUUCCUUUGACUUAAAUAAUCCAUUUUCACAAGUUCUUCAUGUAGAAUGUACAUUUGAACCAGAAGGAAUUACAUCCUUCAGCCCUUGCUUUAAACCCAAAUCUAUCCUUUGCUCGGAUUCUGAUAGGGAAGUCUUUCGUCCAAGGAUAUGUGGUGGCGGGAGGACACAGUACAGAGCUAUACGGAUUUCUCCUAGAACUCACUUUCGCCCCAUUUCUGCAUCUGAACUUUCUCCAUGUGGUGGAAGUGAGUCUGACUUUGAAUCAGAGAAAGAUGAGGGGAAUAUCCCUGCCCCUUCACAAUCUGAAGUGUUUGAUGAUCCACAAGCAGAUCUCAAACCACUGGAAGAAGAUGCAGAAAAAGAUGGGCAUUAUUAUGGCAAAUCAGAACUUGAGUCUGGGAAGUUCCUUCCUAGAUUAAAAAAGUGUGGAAUGGAAAAGAGUGCACAGACAUCUCUGGAUUCCCAGGAAGAAUCAUCUGUAACAUUGCUGUUAGAAAAUGAGAAUUCUUGCUUAGAGUGCAGCAUGAAAGACCCACAAGACACGAUGGCUGUAGAAAAUUCUAAAGCUGGUUGCAGUGUUGUUGAACCACAAGAAGAGGAAGACAAGUCUUGCGGUUGUAAAGAUGAUUCUUAUGAAGAUAACCUUGUUACUUCAGCACAGCUGAAAGAGUUUCCUGCAUUGAAUAAUGAUAUUCAGAAAAUAAGCUACAAUCAAGCAAAGCAGUGCUGGUGGGAGAAAGCUCUUUAUACGCCACUCUUUCCUGCGUCACAGUAUGAAGGAUCAGCCUCAGGAAACCUUGCAGCCAAACAGAAACUUGAGAGGGAAUUUCAGUGCAGCUCCCUCAAUUUGACAAGUAGCCAGGCUGUCAUUCAGCACCGAAAGAAGCACGAAUGUUCUCCAGACACUAUACCAUGCAAGCCACAAGGGAGAUCUAUAGCUUCAGCAGUUGCCAAAUGCUGUUCACAUGUUAAGCGAGAGAAUGGUGUUGGAGAAUUCACAGAUAUAAAAGAAAUGUCACACAGUGAAGAACAUCUAGAUUUUAAUAUGGUUUCCUCUGUACAUGAAGCAAGAUGUGCAAAUCCUAGAAGUCCUGAAACUAAAUCAAAUGGCUUUAGGAAGAAGUUAUACUCCAGUGACAGCUCUGGUUCUGAAGGCACGGCAUCAGAAGGUGGAAAUGGAUGGGCAGACCCUUGUGAAGAGGAGCUUUUCUCUCGAACUCAUCUAUAAAAACUGCAAGAGUAUAAAAAUAUUGUGUAAGAUUAGCAUGAGAUGGAAAACUCUUCAGGAGGGCCUGUAAACUCAGCAGUGAAUUGAGCAGUAAAUUGAGUUCCCCUUUCAGCUAAUGGAUUCAGAAAUGUAUUUAUCUUUCUCUUCUUGAUAUUUUAUUUUCAAUAGUUGGGAUUCCGGUCCCAUUGAAGGCUUUUUCUCCAAACUGUUAGCUCCUUGGCUAUUUGGACUUAGAGUAGAUUGUGUUGUCAAAUCAAGAAUGGAUGUGCAUGUGAUUGUCCUGGUAGUAUCACUGCUCUUUUGCAUCCUAGCUGCAGUUACUUUUAUUUUUGACUGUAGCCCUAUCAGUAUUACUAUCUUACUAGCAUUGCAGUGUCUACAACUAUUCAGAGAUUUUAUCUUUUGACACAUUUAGGCUUUUAAGAUUUGGGAGAUAAAUACUUAACACUGUAAUCUAUCAGUGCCUUUCUGAAUGUGAGAGGAAAGCAUGUAUGGCUUCUCCUGUCUUUUAAGAUCUUACAAUGUUGGAAUAGGAAUAUUAGGGCUGUGCUUUAGAGACUUUCAGAAACUGUGUUUUCUAUUCUAGGAUCUCUCCUCUUAAGUAUAAAUUAACACAGUUGACACUAGUGUUUGUUACCUUCUUGCUGACAGAGAUUUUUGCAGGCAUGAGGGAAAGAAACAUACUUUUCUCUCCUUUCCCCUCUUUAUUUUCAAGGCUCAGUGUUUCACCUUUUUUCAAGGCUCAGUGUUCUGAAGUAAAUAAGUAAAAUGACACUACAGCCUAAUCCCAAGCACACUUAUUUCAAUGGUACAAAUUACUUGCAAAGUGUACUUAGGAUUGUAUUAUUAAUUCCCCUGGAGAAAUUUAUGAACAGUGAGCUUUGUCAUAAGCUGCAAAUAUUUGGCCUGAAUGACUGAAACAUUCUUAAGAGUUGAUGUUCAAUAUUUUAUAUGCAGAGGGUAUAUCACUCAAAAUGAAUCCAGUGGCUCCUGCAGUUAGCUACUAUUGUGGCUCUAAUUUAGUAAAACUUGUAGCUAACUUUGUGUCCUGAGAGAAUGUUAGGAGUAAGUUGUGGGUGGGAGUGGGGAACAUGACUUACGUGUGUGAUUGCAGUAGUGAUUGUUGCUUUAUGUGACCUGCUCUUAAAAGUUUAUUUUAACAUAGUCAAUGCAUUUGUCAAGUUGUAACUGCAAGACUAUCAACUCCCUGUGCUACUAAUGCAUUAUGCAAAUCAUAAGAGCCAGAAGGAGCAAUAUUGGUUUAUACCAUUACAUUGUUUUUUAAAAAAUGAUCUAUACAAUAGCAGCAUGUUAAAGACAUCAGAAAGUGCAGAAAGUUUACUGUUGACUUGAAAAUGCUAAGCCAUUAAUUUUGAUAGGCAAGAAACUCCUAACAAUUAUAGUUGUUUGAAAUGGUAAGCUGAACUGGCUUUGAAAUUUUGUUCUGUGCUAGUGCGCUGAACUGAAUAUGAGUUUAUUGCCUUUUCUUAAUCGAUAUAACAUGACUUAAGAUCUAGGGUAUCGACAUCUUGUAAGGUUGCAUGUAUCCUUUCUGUUGAAACUUUGACUCCAUCGGCUUGAUUUGUACUUUCCAGGGAAAUGUUACUAUUAACUGCUUUUAAACUACAUUAUUUUAGCAUUCAUACAACAAAUCUUUACAGUGUUGGGUUUGUUUGUUUUUCAUUUGAGAAUCUGGAUAAGUUUUUAUAUAUUUACUUUCUUUUGGAGCUUCCUUCAAAAUGUUGUAUAGCAAAUGCACUGAGAAUAAUGUCUGUCAACAUAAAAGCAAAGAGAACGAAACUCAUAAAUCCUAAUGAUUUAACUUAACUAGUGAGUCAUUAUUAGAAUAAUGAAUGACCAAACAAGAACUUUUACCAGGGGAAACCCACACCUUUAAACCUGGCUUAUUUAGAUAGAUAUCUCAGUGAAAUGGGUGGUUCAUUGCAUUAUGAUUUAAUAUUUUAACAUCUUUGAAAAAUGUACGUUACAUGUUUGGGCAAUAACAAAUAAUAUUUAUUUGUUCUGUAACUGAAUGGAUAAAAUUCUGAAGCUUUCCAGUGAGAAGGUUGAUGUGUGAGUUUGCGUUUUCGUUUCUCUACAAGGAUAAUUUAAAAGUGGAGAUGCUGAAAUGCACUGUGGUAUGAAGCGCAUUGCAUAUCCAUAGCACUGAAGUAUCAGUUUUUCAUUCCUGGGCUGAAUUUGUUUCUACUUUUUUGCUUCAAGUGGUUGUAUUGUUCUGAUUUCACAUACACCAGAGUAACUGAAUUUGUUUUUUGUGGAGUUACUUAACACCAAAUAAAAGAUAAAAGGACAGAUACA